GUUUCCGCUUUUCCCCAGCAAAACGGAGCCCUUUCCUGCCCGUUCUCCAUGUAAAGUGACACCGGAGGCAAAGGAAGAAGAAGUUAGAGGGAGUUUAAGGAUCCGUCCACCACGUCUACACACUCCCCGUUUCAUCUACAGUGCGCGAGAGGGAUCGAGGAAACUGCUGCAGCGCACGAAAGCAGCAACCAACAAGCCUUUCGCGAAACACAUUCGGAAGAUGAUACGAUUAACGGUGCAAAUGAUUCUCCUGGCUUUCCUGGUGACAUUCGUGGCGUGCAACGCGCCGCCGGUACCGUUAGAUGACAUCGUGAUAGAGAAGACGUUCACUCCGGAGCACUGUGAUCGGAUGGUCAAGUCGGGAGACUUUGUUCGCUAUCAUUACAUCGGCAUGUUCCCUGAUGGAAAGAAGUUUGACUCUAGUUAUGACCGUGGAACCACCUAUAAUGUGUUUGUUGGCCAGAAGAAGCUGAUCGCUGGGAUGGACAAAGCUUUAGUGGGCAUGUGUGUAAAUGAACGAUGGAUGAUCAAGAUCCCUCCACAGCUCGCCUACGGAAAGGACGGUUAUGGUGACAUCAUCCCCCCAGAUUCCAUCCUUCACUUUGAUGUGUUGAUGUUAGACGUUUGGAACACAGAGGACAAGGUGCAGAUAAAGACCUACCAUAAGCCAGAGAGCUGUGAACGCACGGUGCAAGUGUCUGAUUAUGUCCGUUACCACUACAAUGGUACUCUGCUCGAUGGCACGCUGUUCGACUCCAGAAUGGGGGUUAAAACCAUCUUCAUCAACAGUCACACACGUAUGCGCACCUAUGACACUUACGUGGGGAUUGGCUGGCUCAUUGCCGGAAUGGAUCAGGGGCUUUUGGGAAUGUGUGUGGGAGAAAAACGCAUCAUCACCAUACCACCUUUCCUGGGCUAUGGAGAGAAUGGAGAUGGAAGUGACAUCCCCGGUCAAGCCUCUCUGGUGUUUGAUGUAGUUCUGCUGGACCUUCAUAACCCCAAAGAUGAAAUCACAGUACAGGUGGAAAACCUUCCAGAUCCUUGUCCACGCAAGAGUGAAGUUGGAGACUUCAUGCGCUAUCAUUAUAAUGGAUCCCUGCUGGACGGCACAUUCUUUGACUCCAGUUACUCAAGGAAUCACACAUAUGACACUUACAUCGGUAAAGGCUAUGUGAUCGCAGGAAUGGACCAAGGACUCCUGGGUGUGUGUGUUGGAGAACGCAGGAGGAUAGUUAUCCCACCUCACCUGGGAUAUGGAGAAGAGGGCACAGGAACUAAGAUCCCUGGCUCAGCUGUGCUGGUGUUUGAUGUCCACAUUAUUGAUUUCCACAACCCAUCCGAUAAAGUCGAGAUCACCAGUGUGAAGCCAGAGAACUGCACCUACAAUGCAAAACGUGGUGAUUUUGUCAAAUACCACUACAACGCCACUCUCAUGGAUGGCACUAACAUCAGCUCCACGCACACCUAUGGCAAGACAUAUAAUGUGGUUCUGGGGGCCGGACAGGUGGUUUUAGGCAUGGAACAAGGGCUAAUAGGAAUGUGUGUUGGAGAGAAGCGCAAGCUAGUCAUUCCACCUCACCUUGCCUAUGGAGAGAGGGGAGUUGAUGGAGAGGUCCCUGGCAGUGCUGUGCUGGUGUUUGAUGUCGAGAUGGUGGAAAUGGAGGAGGGUCUUCCUGACGGCUACAUGUUUGUGUGGAACAAUGAAGUCUCUCCUGACCUUUUCAGUGAGAUGGACAAGAACAAAGACGCACAAGUGGACUCCACUGAGUUUUCAGAUUACAUCCUCCAGCAAGUAGAAGAGGGCAAAGGUCGCCUGGCGCCAGGUUUCGACCCGCAGCGCAUAAUAGAGAACAUGUAUGAUAACCAGGACCGCAACAAGGAUGGACGAAUCACAGAGGAUGAGUUUAAACUCAAGGCAGAUGAACCCACUCAUGAUGAGUUAUGAGGCUGGACUCAGGGAUGGAGGGUUGUGAUUGGUUGUGUGGUUUAAUAUUAUAAUAAGUGGGAGGGGUUUAAAGAUACUGGAUUUGCCAGUGAAGUGUCACGCACAGUGAUGUUGAUGACUUUAGAUGUUUGUCUGAGAGGUGUGUGCAUGUAUGAGUGUGCAUAAUUGUGUUUAUAAAUGAUUUUUGUACAUGUCUUUGAAUGUUUCUAAGAGUCUGGAGUGAUACAAAUGUGCAAAACAUUACUUUGUAAAAAAAAUCCCUUUAAUAAACACAUUCCAACCCCCAAAA